UCAUUUUCAAAAGAGUGUGAUGAUGAUAAAUUCAAGACAGAAAUUAUACAGAUAAUAUUACAAAUAUGCUUCGAUUAUCUGUCUACGCAUUCUAGGAAAGAGAGAUUAUUUUAACCGAAAUGUGGGCCGAGCAUAGAAUGUUACGGGACAGUAGAGGAAAAGAAAGGGAAAUCGUCCAUAGUAGAGAUGCCAUAAAGCAAGAUAGUCAGGAAUGUCAGGCUCUGUUGAAAAUACUUUUUAGGAAGAAAGAUCCAUGGUUCAAGAUAUCGUCUGCGCUCAGUUGUAAAACUGUGUUUUUGUGAGAUCGCUGUUUUGCAUUAGGAGUUCGUUAGGCAAAUGAAUUCGAUUAAUGGAAGAGUGAAAGAAAUUAUAAGCAGUCGCUUGCAGGCAAUUGUGAAAGAGAUUAAGCACCUAACUAGUUUGCCCAACGAUGCCGAGUGCCUCCGCCAUGAGAUAGAUCGUGUGAAGGGAAUAGUCGAUCAUAUUAACAGUGCGCUAAGUUGGAAAGGUCCAGCCUUUGGCAGUGGUAAGGCAUUGGGUGACUACGCAAGAGCAAAUCGUUAAAUCUGCUGAAGAGGUUUUUCUCCAAUACGAAGAAAACAAGCACCGUCGGUUGUGUUGCUGCUACCCUCACUGUUUGCUUGACAAAAGAUCCGGUCGAAAGAUCCGUAAUGCUCUAGCCGAGCUAGAUGGGCUUCUGAAGAUGAAAGAUUCAGAUUUUCCAAAUAGUGGAGACCUGGGAGAGCCUCCGGAGACGCUGCUGCAGCCCAUUGAGAAGGAGCUGGUUGGCACAUCUGUUCAGCAGAAGCUGUCGGAGCUGGAGACAUGGGUGCUGGAAGAUGACUCUGUUCGUGUCGUUGCCGUCUAUGGAAUACCCGGCGUGGGAAAGACGUCCCUGCUAAAACAAAUCAAGAAAACGAAAAAGGUACUCAAUUUUUUUAAGCUUGUGUUAUGGGUUACUGUGUCCAGAGAAUCCGAUGUUUCUGCUCUCCAGAGGUGUAUAUUUGAGAGAAUUGAGUUGCCUUGGCGAUCCAAUUUGAGCAUUGACGAAGCCGCAGGGGUGCUGCGUUCGGUUUUCAAGGAGAGGCGACUGCUGCUCAUUCUGGACGAUGUGCGUAGAAGCAUAGAUGUUUCCAAUUUGGGAAUUUCUCUUUCUGAGAAUACAGUAAAAGUUCUACUUACUUCCAGGGAUAAAGAGGUGUGCAAGAGCAUGAAAGCAGACAGAAUGAUUGCAAUGGAGCAUUUGACUGAGGACGAAGGUUGGGAGCUUUUCUGCAGAGGAGCCUUCGUAGCUGGCGAGGAUCAGAAUAUGGGUAGCGAGAUAGAGCAGUUGGCCAGAGGCAUUGCAAAGGAGUGUAGAGGGCAUCCCCUGGCCAUUAAGACGCUUUCUCGGACAAUGCCACAGCUUCACAGCAGUGCCCCUUCGGAAUGGGAAUACAUUUUAAUGCAGCUAAAGGCGAUUGAUCCCCAGUUUUAUCGCAUUGAUGAAGAAAUUCUGAGAGAAUUAUUCACGCCGCUGAAGCACAGCUACGAUGCUCUUGAAACAGAUGAGCUCAGGCUUUGUUUCCUCCACUUGGCAGCUUAUAGUGAAGGCGAGGAAAUUGACGCGGAUCAAUUGAUACAAUUGUGGUUGGCAGAGGGCCUAGUGAAAAGCAGAUUUGAAGGGCGCUACAUUUUUCUCAAGAUCUUGGCGCACCGAUGUUUGGUCGACAUUGAGGUUAAAGAGGAAAACAGCCUUGAUAUAUGGAAAGUCAAAAUCCAUGAUUUGCUUAGAGAUAUGGCGAUACACGUAGCUGAGAUCGACCAGAAUAGCUUGUUCCGUGCAGGUCAGAGUUUAACAUGGUUUCCAUCCGUUGCAAGGGUAAUAUCGAUGAGGAUAUCACUGAUGCGUAACCGUAUCAGAUUUCUGCCUGAGAAUUUUGAUUGUACGAAGCUGGUGACUCUGUUGUUGAGCUGGAACACAAUUGAAGAGGUUCCAGAGGGCUUUCUGGAGAACCUGUAUAAGUUAAAGGUACUUGAUCUCAGCAACACGCCCAUUAAAAUUUUGCCGAAGUCCGUCCACCGAUUGAAGCAUCUCCUGUAUCUCCAGCUUUCCAAUACCCACAUUAGAGUACUCCCUGAUCAAACAUUUAAGCUGAGAAGAGUGCAGUUUUUAGAUCUUUCUUUCUCCCUUCUCAUCACUAUUCAAUCCAUGAUAAAGGAGAUGAAAAGUCUCCAAAUUCUCAAGUUAGCCCACUGUUAUGAUUUGGAGUUCGUUUCACCAGACAUAUCACAGCUCACCGGAUUGGAAGAGCUUGACAUGUGGAAGACGCUGUUUGCAUUAUCAAUGGAGUUCGAAACAGCUGAAGAAUUAAAGAAGGCUUCUUUGCAAGAUGUAUGCAAACUCCAUCGUCUAAAGCGUCUGCGUCUAACCCUAAAAUCCCCAAUUGGAGAGAGAACAGUGGGGAAUCUUGUGGAGCUUCAAGAACUUUGGCUAUUUUGGAUGCCUCAAGUCCGUCAAACACAUCUACCCACUGACAUGCGGGCCAUGCACAACUUGGAGAGGCUCCACCUGUAUGACUGUCACAUUCAGGGAACCCCUGAUUUAUUCUCAGAAUUACAAAAUCUGAACUACUUAAUGCUAAAAUCUUCUCAAUUACUGCUCACUCUUUCCGGAUUAGGGUUGGGCAGAUUAUCGAAUCUGAAGGAAAUAGAGAUUGAGGAGUGCCUUCUGGUAACCGAGUUGGGAGAAGAAUUUGGAAGGAAAGGCUGCUUUCCAAGUCUGCGCAAGCUCAAACUGUGGAUGUUGCCUUCUCUGGAGAGUCUGUCUAGUUCUGUCGAAGAGGGGGCUCUCCCCAUGUUGCAGACUCUGUCUAUAUUCCGUUGCAUUAAGGUUGAAGUACUGCCAUGGGGACUUGAUAAUCUCAAAUCUCUGGAACAGAUCAGAGGAGAUAAGGAAUGGUGGAAUGAAAUUAGUUGGGAAAAUGAAGAGAUGAAGAACCAUCUUCAUGCUAAGUAUGUGGAAAUUCUGGAAAUCCAUGAUAGUUAUCAGGUUUAACCCACAGUUUUCCCCUAAGUGAGAAGCACGAAACAAUUUGCUUGACGAAUGAUACGCUGUUUAUUUUGGAAAGUAUUGCUUUUGUGUGAUUAUGUAUUGAUAUUUAAAACAAACUUGUUACAGAGUUUCAGCUGUUUACUGUAGAUACACCAACAAAACAGAGUAAUCUUCCUCUCUAUAAAGUAACUUUCAUAAGAUUCUCACAAGAGCUUCAGAUCUUUCUUUUUACAAAACAGAGAGUUCUCUUUCUUUUCUUACGGAAAUAACCCACAUCAAAAACUGUGUGAAUUCUAUACGAACUCAGUCCCGGAUAUUAAGCUUGUAUAGGACUCUACGGAAAAGAAAAUUAUUUGUUAUGUUCCUUUUUGAUAACUAGCUGUUAGGGCAGGUCUCCAUGCAGCUGCUAAGCUUAUUUUUGCUAGCAGCUACUGCUCAAUAUUUUUAGGAGCA